AUGGAGGCAACACCAUCAGCGGCCGUAACGAGAGACACUGGCGAAGGUGAGUGGCAGACAGUGCCGGACAAGCGCCUCAAGAGGCACCACGAGGCAAUGGACGGCCAGGACGAGGGCCCUCCGCCCCCUGCGCCCGCGGCAGCGACCACCCAGCCCGCACAGGCAGCGACCAAACCUGGCAAAAGCCAAAUAAAACCGCUGUACACGAUUGUGGACGCCACCCACAACUACCCGGCAAUCUACCGCGCCUUGAAGGGGUCCCUUCAGGACAAGUUCACGGUGUACAACCGUGGCCGCGACCAGCUCCAGAUCCAGACCGCGAGCGUGCCCGAGUACCAAACCGCGAUUAGGGCCCUUAAGGCCAUCGGUGCCCAGUUCUCCGUCCUGCUGCAAAAGGACGAGAUACCGGGGAGUCCACAGGGAGACCCCAACAGAAUUCGGGCUGCAACUCCAAGCCAGUCUGCCGCUGGUGCAGCGGCCCGCACCGCGCUCCCGACUGCCCGCACGGGGGCCAUCGGGAAUAUGUUCGCUGCGCAAACUGCAAAGGGCAGCAUGCAGCAAACUACCGGGGCUGCCCGGUGUACAAGGCUGAGUCGCGCCGCCACCUCCCACCGCAAACACGACGCGAGCGAGAGCGACAGUCGAAGUUCGACAUGCGCGAAAAUCGGCGUGCUGCAGCAGCGCCGCAAACACCGCCCCAGCCACAAGGCCCCUCAGGCCAGCGACCAGACAACCCGCGACAGCAACCCGGGCCCACCGGAACCACCCAGGCACCGCCCCUGGGGCCCCCCAGCGCCCCCUCACCUGGGGCAAUACUUCCCGCAAACAGCGCAAAAUAGGUUUGCGCCCCUCGCGCAGGAGCCGACCUACCGCGAAACCGAAUGGCCAGUCUAUGCGAAUGACUACCGGCCUCGCCGACAACACCAUGGCCAGCCCGUGCCACACUUCAAGAAGCACCCGAGCGGCCACAAAAAUGGCAAGGGUGCCUCACGUCAGCCGCGCAACACACCUGCGCCUCCCGCACCGCAGACACCGGCCAAAACGCGCAACGAGCCGCAGAAGGCCCCUCCUGCUCAGCCGCAGCAGGCCUCACCUGCACCUGCCGACACAAUGGCAGUCGACGCCACCCCUGGGACGUCAAUGGCACCCCAGCCCACCCCCGCGCCCACACCAAAACAACCAGUGCUGGAGGACUUCCUGCAGGUCUUGGAGAAAUCUGAGACCUUCAAGUCAGACCCCAACCUGGCAGCGACCAUCAUGCCAAUGUGCCAACUCAUGGCCAUAUGGUGCAAUCCGCAAACGGAGCUGCCAGAUAAAAUACAGGCCACAAUGGGCUUCGUAAAGCUCGUGACUGCUCGCCUCAAUGGCAGCAAAUAA